UCAGUGUACACGUCAAAGUGCUACUGCGGUCGUGCCGUGAUAUUUGGGCCCACAUUUGCGCUGGGGGCUUCGGAAUUCGUUUCCGAGCCGAUUGUUCCGGCGCACAAUCACUUCCGACGUUUGUCUGGCGUGUUUUCAGCCGUGCCCGAUGCCGACAAAGUUCCAGACCGAGUGUCAAUAUGCCUCUCGGCGAUGAAUGUUGCCCACAAGUAUGAGGUUCGCUGGCCUGUGACACAGAGCGUGACUCGAUGCCUGCCAUAGCAAGCACUGGGUCCCGUGGAGGAGGCACAGCUGAGCCCCUGAUGGCUGCCCCACCCGGCAACCCAGAGGCACUCCUGAAUGGUCAGCAGCAGCAGGCACCCUUUAGGCCACCCAGGCAGCCUGCCGCCACGCUGCAGCCACAACCACAACCACAGCCACUCAAUCCUGAGGUCCUCGGGGAUCGUGGCGAACCUCGCCUACCAGGUCACUGGGAGGUGGUGAAUGGUGAAAAGAGCGGACUGCGCUGCAAGGGCCCAGUGCAGAAGGGCUAUAACGCUGCCCCCAUGGGCGCUGUCAGCGCUGCCGCUCCGUCUUACGUGGCACCCCCGCAUGUGGUGCUUUUGCACAUAAAUCCGGGAGAGACCAUCUUUUUCCAGAUGGGCGAUCAAAUGCAAUUUGUGCAAGGGCCUGCCACAGUGCAGCUUGUGUCCAACAGCAGCACACCUCCCAUGGCGGUGCCAGUUCAGGUGCCUCCAGGUCAUGUGAUGCAGCAGAUAGUGGAUGAGAACGGCACCCUGCGCCACAUCAUCCUUUCGCCGCAACCUCCUCAUGUCGCCAUGCCCCAGCCUGCCCCCUAUACUGGGGCGGCGCCCGGUGCGGCACAGCCUGCAUUCUACCCGUAUCCGGCCACGGCUGCUGCUGGUCCAGCCGCACAGGCUUCCCCUUCGGCUGCGCCGCCUUUUGUGGGCCAGUUUCACUCGCCUGCCGCCAUGCAGUCUCAACUCAGCCCGCACUCGCAACAGGGCCAUGCGAAUCCCAGUGGCCAGCCCCACAAGGACGAACGGUCGCAGAAGCAGUUCUUCAAGCUACGCAAAAAGCUAGAAUCUCGUCCGCCUCCUUCCAAUUCUGGUGCCCACUCGGAGCCUCCCAGAUCAAGCCACAGUUCACCGGGCCCAUCAGGUUGUGGUAGACCUGGCCACGGAGCAGAACAACAGGUGGCCUUGCCACGGUGUGCAGAGGCCCUGGUGCAGCUGUCCUCUCUGCGGGUGCCGACGGUGUCACAGCUUGGUGCGCGGCAGGCGUUGGCAUCCUGGAGUGCCCCUGAGGCGUCCGGGGGAGCAACGCUUGACGGUGUGGCCUAUGAGCUCCUACUUUCUGAAAAGGGCUUGGACAGGCCUGCAAAGCUGUUCAAAUGUGGCAAAUCGUUGGAACAAAAGCUUGAAGAUCUGAAGCCUGGGACGGAGUAUUUGUUGUGCAUUCAAGCCCACUUGGAUGACAUUCGAGGGAGUCCUUCGCCUAGUGUUGAGUUCAAGACAAGCUGCUGUGAACCAGACACACCUCAGCCACCCAAACUUGUGUCUCGAACCAAAAACACAAUAGUGGUGAAAUGGAAUGCUCCCUCCGACAAUGGAUCAAAGAUCACCUGCUACAUACUCGAGUACGACCAGGGUAAUGACGGCCAAUUCGUGCCCGUGUUCACGGGGCUGCAGAAACAGUUUAAAGUGUCCAAGCUGGCUGCCUCAACUGUCUACAGUUUCCGUUUGGCUGCAACAAAUUCAGUGGGCACCAGCCCAUGGAGUGGUGUGAGCCGGUUCACUACGUGUGGUGCUGCUCCGCCAGCCCCGGACCCACCAAAGGUGCUGCAAGUGACUUGCUCCACGGCAACGCUAGAGUGGAAUGCCCGGCCCUGUGAUGACUCCUACACCCUCUCCAUAGAGCAGGAAGGAUCGCAACAUGGCUUCUUGCCAGUUUACAAUGGGUCUGACACAAAGUUCACCUGCACACGUCUUGUCCGUAAAACCGAAUACAGGUUUCGGUUGGUUGCCCACAAUGAAGAAGGCUCAAGCGGCCCGAGCAAGGUCGGAACCCUUCAAACUCUGGCCGAUCGGCCGGGAAGGCCGUCCCGUCCCUCUGCUAAGGGCCGCGUCCACAGCAAUCACUUCGUUGCAGCUUGGGGUGAGAAUCUUCCUUCACUUCCCCCUAAGGAUGACGGGGGUGCACCUGUCACUCAGUAUUGCUUGCAGAUGGAUUCUGGAAAGGGAUUUGAUUCAGUGUACACUGGCUCGGAAAGGGAGGCCACAUGUUCUGGCUUGGAUCCGGGUUCCUCGUACAGGCUCAGAGUGAACUGCACAAGCUGUGGAGGCACCAGUGACUUUUCCGAGGUGUCUACUGUUGUAACAACUGCCCUGUGCCCUGGAAUGUGCGACCCUCCUCGACUCCACGGGAAACCCAAAGCCAUUUCAGCUCACCUGCGAUGGGGAGCAGCGUCGUCAACAGGUGGGGCUGCUGUGACAGCGUAUGAGCUCCAGGUGUCCGAGGAAGACGACAGCCAGUCACGAGUGGCUUACCGAGGGCCCGACAUGGACUGCACCGUGGCCGGGCUCUCGCCAGGUCGUACCUACCUGUUCCGUGUGCGGGCAGUCAACUCAGUUGGGGCGGGGCCCUGGUCGGAGCCACUGCAUGCGCAGAGUGGUGCGGGUGCCCCAGAUCCACCAGCCAACCUGGCAGUCCAGGUGAAGAGCUCGACCUGCGCUGCAGUUUCAUGGGACGAAGCAGUCUGUCACGGAGCUCCAGUCUCCGAGUACCAGCUUGAGUACCGUCGCACCGACAGCGAAGAUGAUGCUGCCUAUUCGCAAGUGUAUGCUGGACGUAACACCCACUACGAAGCACGCAGCCUCGAGCCAGCCUCGUCUUACUGCUUCCGCGUCAUGGCCUGCAGCAGCGCUGGCUCGAGUACCUUCUCUGAACCGAUAGGGUGCAGCACGCCUGCUGGUGUCCCUGGGCCUGUCGGGUCUAUGACGUGUGUCCGGGGGCCCACUAGCCUCGAAGUGUCCUGGUCAGCACCUGCGUGCCAUGGUGCUGACAUCACCCACUAUCUGGUCGAAGUGUGCGAAGGACCACCGGUGCAUAGUCAGGCACAGGCAGCAUCCAGCCCAGCAGCAUCGUCAUCCGUGACACACACCACUGAGGGCACCCAAAUUCUGCUCACAGACUUGCAGCCGGAAACCAACUACAAGGUCCGAGUGCAGGCUGUAAAUGCAAUCGGGGCAGGCCCCCUCAGCAACCCCGCAUUGCGCACAAGCACGCAGGCGCUGCCACCUCCCGCACCAACCCUUGAGUGCCUCUCAGCUGGACACAACAGCCUGCGGCUCCGCUGGGCCGACCAUCCAACAGCGCGGGACGUGCUCCAGUACACCCUCGACAUGGAGGUCAAGCCUGGCAUCUUCGCAAUGCUUUACCAGGGACCCAGCCGCUCGUACAAAGCUCUGCGGCUGCAGGAGAACCAGACUUAUCGAUUCCGUGUUCGUGCUUCGAGUGAUGCUGGAGAUGGGCCCUACUCUGAACCAUACUCGUUCACCACCAGUCGUGCUGCGCCACCUGCUGUCAAAGCACCACGUGCCAGUCCAUUGGGCGAGAGCAGCUGCUUGCUGGAGUGGCAGCCAGUGAAGCCCGUGGGUGACGACCCCAUCAGCUAUGUGGUGCAGUUGCAGCACUCGGGCAGCUCUGAAUUCUCUGUGGUGUAUCGUGGCCGGGACACUAGCUGCACACUGAGCAACCUUGUACCGCGGGGUGCCUUCCAUUGGGCACGGGUGGCAGCCGUGCGUCACUGCCCACUGAGCCCUGAGCCCCUGUGUGGACCAUACGGGCCAGCCACAUCCUUCCAGCUCAGUAGCCCUUCUGCAACCACCACUGAACCGGCCAGCGAGUCUGCUACUGCUGCAGCCCGUUCCACGACUUGGACCCUCGGCGACCAGCAGUGGGCAGGGCUACUGGUUGGUGUCUUCACCUUGGUAGCUGUCCUGGUGGCUGUGCUGCUUCAAGAGCUGGUAUCCUGGACGCAAUGACCAGCACAGGGCGCAGCUGCUGCUCCGAUUCAUUUUCGCGGUGCACCGAACGAAAGCUUGCCUUUGAUGCCAGCUGCAGAAGCAAUCUGUAAACGUGGGCCAAACUGUGUGUGGAGCUUUUCGCCGAUCGACCCCCGACUGGACUCCGUGCGUGAACUCAUCGUAGGCACGGUGCCUUCUCUCCCCGUCUGUCUGCAUGCCGUGGCCGCUCAUCUCGCUGCCCGGGAAGUGUCAUGCGUGCGUGUCUUUUAGGAGCUUUGUGCUCAGGGUCUAGAAAACAUAGACAAUGCACUUGUUUCCCUGCACUCUUGUUGUGAGGCAAUCUCUGAAGCCUGCUUGUGGUCCAACGUGGCUCUUCUGUCGUGGGCACUAUUUCUGUGAGAAAACAAACAAAAACGGGGUUUGGAGUGGGUGGGAUGGGCUGUGGGGGGGCAUCGUGCAAUGUUGUCUGCCCUUCUUGGCACUCAAUGUCAUGACACCUCUCUCUCUCUGUGUUGGCUGCUUGGUAUCGUGUGGGCCUUUUAAAUGUGCGCGUCUGUAUGUCAAUGAUGUCUCGCAUGACCAAGGGCUCUAUUAGUUCCAGGUGAGUGCUCCUGUGUGUGUGUGUAUAAACGUGUGUGCAUAUGUACUCGCUGCAAUGUGCACAUUAUAAGUAUGGCUUUCUGACCCUGGUAGAACUUGGGAUGUUCGACAUGUUUGGGGUGUCACAUGUCGACAUGUUUGUCGACAUGUUUGGGGUGUCAGUCUGACAGUGGUGUUCAGCCGGGCUUAACACCAGGGUUGACUUUGCAGUUGUGUGGGACACACAUUUUACAUUGGCAGCAGUGCUGACAAAGUUCACUUUUCCUGUUUAUUACUUUUUUUUCUUCUUUUUCAAGUAUUUCAGUGCAUGUUCAUUUCACCACCAAUAGAAUAUUGAUGGGUUCCUAUGUGCACUGCGUCUUUUGUCUGGUCACACAACUGUGUCUCAUGUCUUCCCAUUUCUUGUAUCGGACCAGAUGUGCUCAGCCAGUGCCAGAUCUCUCAAAAACUCAUUUCCCCCAGCCCCUGCCUUCUCUCCUUCAUUCUUAAUUCUUCACAAUACUCGAGCCUUUUGGAUCACUUACUCAUUUCUUUUCCUCUUUGGUUCCUCAGUUGGCACCUUACAAUACUGAGCCAACCGGACUUGUACGCCUUUACAUUUUUCCUUCCUCUUUUUUUUUUUUGCAAAGUACGGGGUUCAAUAUUUGGACCUUCUGUGUAGAUCGUCGUAAUGUCACAGUUCCUGGAACAAAUCACUGAAGAUGUCUUCUGGCAUUUGACAAAGCCUAUGUGUUAUAUUGUCGCUGAUGCUUUUUUGGUGGGUACAGUUGUUCAAAACUCAUUAUGGAAACCUACCGUGUCACUGCACAGUCCUUUCGCCGCAUUAUUCUCCCAUGAAUGAAUGUCUAGUGUUUGCAACAGUCCCGGUGCUGCAAUUGGGUUUUGACUCCAAACAGUGCAUUACUUUUUUUUUUUCAAAGCUGGAUGUAUCUGUAUAUGUAUGUAUGUGCACGCUGAUAUUGUAAGCCUUAUUUUUUCAGAUGUAUAAAACUUCCUUCUGGGGUGUACUUACUCACUUUUGUUGUUGUUUUUUUUUGUUUUAGAGCUGUUGCCUUUUUUUCUACAAAUCCACUCGCAUAUUUCCAGCACAAGCCUUCGACGUACUAGUUUUGUUAUCUAUAGGCUUUUGCCAGCUGACAGCUACCUUUCUUGCACUCCAAUUUUGGGCUGCAAUUUUUUUAACUUUCGGAUUUUACGAUUCUUUGGCAAUAUUUACGCAUAUGACUUCUGCCUUUGUGCAACCUUUGUGCAAAUUAUUUACCUUGUUAAACUUCCAAGAAAAAGAUUAUGUUGCUUUUUGCUUUGCUUGAGUUUUCUCAAUUCAUCGUGAUUGUACUUUGUGUGGCAGUUUUUAUUUUAUUGUGGCAAAAAGAAUGGGCUUACUGACAAAGGUUUUUGAGACCCUAAUUUGCUCAUAGCCGUUUGCAUGGCCUCCCUUUGCUUUUUAGAUUGAUGGGUCGCAUGGCACUGACUCUGAGCCAAGGAUGGCCUCAGCCACAUUAAUUACACGGUUGCAUCCAAGCACUGCACACUGGCGCACGUGAAUUGUGUAAAAAAGCUUUUGGUGAACCUACCACUAUGCCCGAAAGUGUCUCUCCACUCUUGCAUGUCUGUAGAAACGUGUGGCCUCUUUUUUUUUGUUUAAUGCCCUCCCGACGGGCAAGUGUCCAGUUCAUUUGGGUUUGCCGUUGACAAAACUGUGCACUUAGCAUUGCAAGAUAGACUGCCCAUGAUCGUUGCAGACAUGGUUGCAGUAAAAAAAAUGCAGCGUUGCAAUCCCGCUGCAGUAACCAAAAAACAAAAGGUGCUGAAUGAUGAACCUGUCUGGUUUUAUGUGUUACCCAUAACGACAGAGUGUGGUUGAAGUGUGGUGUGCUAGAGGAAGGCGAGAGGGUGUUACUUUUGUUUGCUUUUUCGCCAUUAUUCUAGGUGCAAUGAUGUUGGCUUUAUUUUUGUUUCUCUAGCUAGAUUGGCCACUCUAGGAGCGAAAAAGCAGGACUUUACGGUACUCCUUGGAGAAGAAAGCAUUUAGUCGUCGUUGCAGGCCCCCUUGUCAUGCCGGAUGUAUGUUCUUUCUUUAGUUGCUCCAAACUUGAAAUCAAGAUUGAAGCACCCUCCCUCCGGCAUAGCUGCAUUGCAUCGUUUGUGAAGUUUGUGCAUAUGUGAAUGUGCAGGCAUGAGUUAUGAAAGUGAGCAUUUGAGCAUGAGGUAUUUUUGACAUGCAUAUGACCAGUCCACAUUGUUUUAUCCGUGCGCUGAAGUUUUUACAUAUCUAUGGGUUUAUUAACAGAAAAAAUUUUAUUUUCUUAAAUAUACAGUAGUAUUACUUGUCUAUAAUAUAUAUAUAUAUUAUACAUAUUGAGAUAUAUAUAUAUCUACAAAAUGCGUCGUAUAUAUAAUAUACAUAAGCUCCGGAUGUUUUACACGCAUUUCUUGUUACUCGUGUGUUCUGUUACUGACGAGUUUUCUUGGAAAAACAGCGAAGUGUCAAGGUACAGUGUGCAUUCUUCCAUCAGAUAGUGUUUGCUGUGACUGUUCCUUCCUGUACACAUUGUUUUGCUCACUACAACUAAUUUUCUUUUUUUUUGCUCUUGUAUGAUACCUGUAUAUUGCUAAAUGAAUAAACGUAUUCGCAACACAUC